AUGAGAGACACUGUCUCGGGAAGAACCGAUAAAAGCUCCGUGUACAAAGACGAAACCCUUAGCAUUAAAAAGGAAGCUGAUGGCUACCACUGCCCCUACUGCUUCAGAACGUUCCAGCAACGUUGCAAGCUCACCAGCCACAUAGUGGUCCACAGCAACAGUCGGCCCUUCACUUGUAAGACUUGCAAAAAGAAUUUCAAGCACAAAAGAGUACUGGACUAUCACGAGAAAACCGUGCACGGACAGUGCGAGCAGUACUCCUGCGACAUCUGCGGCAAAGUCUUCUCGAACAAACGUAACUGUGUCGUGCACCGUAACAGGCACUCCAAGAAAAGCACGGUGAAGUGCACGGUGUGCGACAAGGGGUUCAUCAGCAACUUCUAUCUGAAGAAGCACAUGAUCGUGCACACCGAGGAGAGACCCCUGCAAUGCUCUAUAUGCGGCAGAACGUUCAAGCACCAACGUGUCCUGGACUAUCACUUCAAGACCCUCCAUAGUAAACCGUUCGAGGAGUUGUGGGAGUGCAACUUGUGCUCCAAACGUUUUAACACGAAAAGAAACUACGAGGUGCACCGCAAAAGGCACACGCGAGUACCGGAAGCGUUUUGCGAGCACUGCGGCAAAGGGUUCUUGAGCAAGGCGAGCUUGUCCAAGCACCUGGAUGCCAUGCAUCUAGGCCUACGUCAUAUUUGCGACGUAUGCGGGGCCAGUAUCGGGGACAAGGGCAACCUGAAGAACCACAUGAAGCUCCACGACCCGAAUUAUAAAAAACCCCCGCCGGAGACUUGCACCUUAUGCAACAAGCAGUUUUCCGACUUGAAACGUCAUUAUAAGGCCGCGCACGAGAACAAUGGGAAAAACUUUAGCUGCGAGUACUGCGGCAAGUUUUUCCGCGGCAAAGACGGCCUGAAGUUUCACCUGAUGGUGCACCGGGGCGAGAAACCGUUUUCGUGUCAGUUCUGCGGCAAGGGGUUCAUCCUGAACACGUUUUUGCAACAGCACUUGCGCACCCAUCCGGAGAGUAACGUGGAACCGUUCAGGUGCUCGGUGUGCGACAGGAUCUUCGUGAAGAAGAGCCUGCUGGAGCACCACAUCAACACCCACACCGGAGCCCGGCCUUUCCAGUGCCAAUAUUGCGAAAAGAACUUCACUGGCAGGAAGUAUCUUAACAGUCACGUGAGAAGUAUGCAUCCAGAGAAGCGUACCACGACGUGA